CGUCAACUUCUUCAUCGGAUCUUUUUCUGUUUCUCGCGUUUUUGCGGGGUUCUUUUUGCUCGUUUCGUGGCUUUAGUGGAUGCAAUUUGCCUCUGCGUUCCCUAAAUGGCAACCCUUUCAAUGGCCCGAGGACAUCCACCCGAUCCGACAAGGGCUCCGGGUGUUGAACUUCUCCCACAUAUAUAUUCCGCUCCAGCUUCUUCCUUUUCUUUAAAAGUUAUACAAAGGAAGAAAAGUGACAAGUAACAAUGGCCAAUUCAGAAACAUACUCCCCCAUCCGCGAGGCGGGUCGGAUCUUCUCCCUGCUAUGCGACCAGUCCGAACGCUUCAGUUUGCCUCUACAAGUCGUUGAGAACCGGGACAAAGUCUCGUUCUACUCUUCCCACGACCAAAUUUACUACCCAAUUCCCUUCAAAGAGACUGAAACCUUGGCUGCAUUGAAAGGUAUCGAAGGUGCCGUAGCCGCAGCCCUAGCCGAUUUGCGGUAUGGCACGUCGUCGCGGGAUAUCAAGAUUAGUUUGGAGAAGGCUACGGCGUUUGGUUGCCAGGCGUAUAUGGCCAAGUUGGAUGGGUUGUCCAAGUUGGAUCCUGCUGUUAAAGCUAGGUUGAAGGACACGGAUCUCUUGGCCGCGCAGUCGAAUGGAUACCGCCGCAUGUCUGCGAAUCUUUAUCGUACCAAGAACCCCGGUGAAUUUUUCCAUAUUCACGGCUCGCUGGAAGCUACGACGACAUUGAAUAUGAUUGGCUUGGAGGGUCACCGUCCGGAUUUGACAGACUACGAAGAGGUUAUCAAGGUGAUCGAGAGCCAUGUGCAGAAAUAUGGGGCUGCAGAGUUGGAGAACAUGAAUCGGGAGAGGAGACAGGCUGGUGUGACGGCGUUCAAGCACGAGGACUUUGUCAAGACCCCUCAUGGCCAAGCCAACAUGCAGGAGCCCUUCUGGAAGGUGUCGCGCUUGCAGGGCGACAUUCCUCCAACACCGUUCCCCGCCAGCCGUCUCGGAAGCAAGAAGGUUUUGGAAGGGAUCAAAGUCUUGGAACUCUGCCGUAUCAUUGCCGGUCCGACUGUCACCCGGAUUCUGAGCGAGUACGGCGCCGAUGUCUUGAAGAUCACAAGCCCCAAUCUCUCGGAUGUGCCGUUCUUCCAGGUCGACGGAAACAUGGGCAAGCAUGCAGCUGAUCUCGAUUUGAAGACGGAAGAAGGACGACGCCAAUUCGAAGAACUAGUCGCAGACGUUGACGUUGUCGUUGACGGAUACCGUCCUGGAGCUCUGGAAAAAUUAGGCUAUGGCCCGAAUGCUCUUGCCGCUUUGGCUGAAAAGCGCGGCAAGGGUGUUGUGUAUGUGAAUGAGAACUGCUUUGGCUACGAGGGUGAAUGGGCCGGCCGGCCAGGCUGGCAGCAGAUUGCUGACUGUGUCACCGGCAUCGCUUGGGCCCAAGGCCAAUUCAUGGGCCACUCCACCCCCGCAGUCCCCCCCUUCCCCAUCUCCGACUACGGCACGGGCUGUAUGGGCGCAAUCGCAGCCCUAACCGGCCUCUAUCACCGCGCUGCAACCGGCGGCUCGUACCACGGCAAAGCCUCUCUCAUGCACUACGACCUCCUCCUCUUCGCCGUAGGCCAAUACUCCGCCUCCAUCCAAGAGUCCAUGCGCGCGUCCCAACCACCCGAGUUCUUCGCCCUGCGCCACUGUGACAGCGUCGACCGCAUUUCCUCGACUGUGCUGAAGAUCAUGCAGCAGCGAUUCCCGCAUUUGUAUGAGCCCGAGGUGCUUACAGAGAAGUGGCACUCGGAGGCGUAUAAGGCGGAUAUCGAAGUUGUGAAGCCUGUGGCGGAGAUUGAGGGGGUUGAGAAUGUGUUUGAGCGGGGGAGCCGUCCGAACGGUGUGGAUCGGGCGAGUUGGGGGGAUUUUAUGAGGGAGGAGGGGGAUUAUAGGUGUUGAUUCCGAUGAUUCGGGUGUGGACUUAAACCUCUAGUAGCAGCAUCUAUGCGUCGCAUCUAGGCAUGUAUUCGUGACGUGAUAGAUGAAUGCACCGUCUACUUCUCGCAUUUAUCUUCCACAAUCUUUCACACUAUUACUGUUUAACUUUAAGUUCUCUGCCACCUAGUCAUACUCUGUAUCGUCGUCGGAAUCUAUAGAACCGUUGAGCCGAAACACGAUCGGAAGCGAACCAUCCUAUCGGAAGCCCC